UGGGAAACGAGUUGAGAGGACGAAUAUAUUUUUAAAAAGUACGCCAUGGCUAAGUUAUGUUUUACAUUAGCUUCGGCUUCCAUCUUACUUUUAACACAGGUUUUUGCCAAAGAAAGUAAACUAUGUUUCCAAAGUUCCUGUUACUUUAUUUCCGAUGCGGAAUCAGGCGGGACAUGGUCCGACAACCGAAAAACCUGUCAAGGGAAGGGUGGCGACCUCGUCUCCAUAGAAACUGAAGCUGAAUGGAACUUCCUCAAGGACCAAAUCCAAAAGCGUUGUAUCGGGCAGCCUAACGAAUGGCAUAUAGGUCUGCAUAAAGUUAACAGGGAUUGGAAGUGGGUGAGUGGAAGCAAGCUUAGCAUUAAGAAAUGGCAGACGACUGUUGGCGCGCCAUCUGGUGAUGGAGAUAAAGCGGUGAUGUCAAAGGAUUACCCACCGGACAAACAAGGGCUGUUUAAUGAUCUUCCAAACCGACAAAAAAGGGCUUAUAUUUGUGAAAUGCCUAAAGAUUCUUCAUGAAGUCAGGAAAAAGUCAGUUAAAAAAA